CCAAAUUUAUUUUAUCCUGAGAACUACCACUCCGUACUGCAUAUGAAGUAGCAUGAGGCUGAAUACUUUGAUAACUGUACGACGAUGACCUGUGUGAUUGAAGAAACGAUGUUGUCUUGCGCAACAAGACAUGAAGUAAACCUAACGACUGUUUCAGUGAGAACAAGCCAUCAAUUUGGUCCCCUUUAUCGUCCCCAAGAUGUACAGCAGGAGCAGCUCGACGACCAUCUUUCCACAACCGGCGCUGAAUUUUCAAGAACAACCCUGCUACCCUCAAAUGGCGCGAGAAAUGUUUUUAAGAAGGCGAGUGCCGGGUUAUCGUCUCCGUUGAUUCGCGAUUUUCGUCGAGCGGCUUGUAGUAUCGGAGAAUCUAGUACUUCUUCGUUUAUUUCCGACGUGAAGAAAGAGCAAGGACAGAAAAAUUUUGAAAUUCACAGCGAACAACUACCCGCCGCUUUUGUACAUCAUGACAACUGCAACCGCGACCAGGCCGCCAUCUAAUUUCAACCCGGGAAGUAGUGCUACGACAACGCACAGCGGUACUUCAACAUCUACGAAAACAGCUGGGGGUGCAACUACUUCUUACAACCUGAACCAACAGGGAUCUUCUUCGACGAAAAGCGGCGCAACUUCCUCGUCCUCUUCCCGUGUUAAUUCCUUGAUCGAGCGCUUCGAGCGGAAUUCGCGUUCGCAAAUCGCCAACGCGAAAAAUUAUUCCGGCAUUCCCGCCAGCCGGAAGUCGGUCGACCUCGGCCGACUCGGGAGUUUCCGUACCCGGAGUGGCACCGAUUCGCACUGCUUUCCGACUACUUUUGGCGUUCACCACCCGUUGAGUGGUGGAGGUGGUCCCGCUGCACACAGCCAGGCAGCGAGCGCGCUUCAUCAAUUAAGCCGAUACGGCAACUUCGGGAACACAAGGGGCGUUGAUCAACAUCUUCGGGAGUACCAUGGUAGUGCGCAUGCUGGAGUCGCAGACCACCGGCAGGGACAUCAAUUUGAUUCAGAACGGGAAAGCAAUUGCUCACCAGGCCUAGGAAACGGUUUUGCUGAUCUGACCCAACAUCCACAGCAGCAGCUCGUGAAAACAAGCAGUCCGCUCGACGGAAACCGUAGUUUGUUUUCAUCUGCCGGCACGGAUUCUGGAAGUAGCGCCCUCGAAAAGCGCUUGGCGGAUCUGGUAUUCUGAACAAGUUUCGACUUCGAAUUUGUUCUUUUGCGUGGGGGAAGAUAUAAUGGAACAAGAUACUAUUACUACUCUAGGACUUCCUACCUUUGAUUGAUACAUGAUGAUAGGACGACCAAGUAAAAAAUAAACUACAUGAGGUAGACAUGAGAUAAUAUUAUCAACUACGCAGCAUCAUAAUAACAGGAGCGCAAGCACGCGUUGCAACUACUGCAAGAGCGGGACCGGUUUGCGGACCUCGAGAAGAAAUUGGCCGAGGAGCGGCAGUAUCAAAUGCAAAAGUGUCUGGGUCUGGAAGAGUCGAACUGGUAAUGCUGUCUGUGGAUUCUAAAAAUAUCUGUGUUGCGUCGUGAGCAGUAAGAGGAGUCAGUUCUUGGCACGCGGAGAGGGCAUUUGUCAUGGGUAAUAAGCAUCAAGAAGCUCUCAAAAAAUCUGUGAUGCUAGCACCAGCGUCACAGACUUGAUGGGUCAUGCAAAAUGUGCAUGACAAGCCCCGACUCUUCCAGACCCAGACAUAUUUGCAGUUCAUAGCCAGCAGCACGCGGCCAGAAUCAAGGUUGAACAGAGCCAGUUUGCGGACAGGGUUGCCGAGCUGUCGAAAAUUCUUGCGGAGAAGGACCAGGCGCUCGCCCAGUGGAAACUGAGUAACUCCUACGCGAAUUACAGGAGUAAAAACGCACAGCUACAUCACACACCGAAUAACUCGUCUUCGACGUCCAGCAACUUCGCCAGCCCGCUGUCUUCGCCGAUAACUACUGCUACGACCAGCGGUGCUAUAGCAGGUGCGGCUUUGGGCUCUUUAGGAUUAGGCGCGCAGCAACAUCUGCAGGCAGCUAGUGCUGUAACGUCGCAAGUACAACUAUCUCCAUCGCAACAACAAGAGCAGCAGCCGCAGCCCUUCCUGUUUUCCUCUUCAUUGGCGUCAUCUUCUCCGGCGGCCAAUAGCGGCACAGCGAGAAUAUCACACAAGGGCAGGAAUAGUGCGUCGAAAAACCCCUUUGCAGAACAAGGAGUUUCAAGUAGCUCGUCCAGAGAUAAACUAGUACUCCACGACGACGAGUCCUCGUCUCGUCAAGUGUAUUCGUCGGAGCCCACUAGUACAACAGCUGGUCUCGUCCUCUCUACUGCGCAGCAGAACCAGGUAGAAGUGACAACGUCGUCCCACUCCCCUGGAGCAGGUGUGACGUCGAAGAACACUAGCAUGCGCAGUCAGUUUAUGGAUGUGUCAAAAUCGAAAUUCGCAAAAUCGAAAAAUUUGUAAUGCAUAAAAUGUAGGGCACGUAUGGCCUGUGUUGGGGAGCAGGCAAAUGAGACCGAUUGCGAGCCUGUUUAGGGGAAGGCGAUGCGCUGCCAGAGUAGCAUGACAGGAGCAGUCUUCCUUGCCCAAACAGCAUGACAGGCUGGAUUUUGUUGCUCCCGAAAUUUGUCAUGCCCCACUUGGAAACUGCGGCUCCGACUGGUAUCGAGUUUAUGCAUCACAAAUUAUUUCGAUUUUGUUGAUUUCGAUCCUGACGCUUCCAUACAGUUGCACAAUUUUGGAACCGGGACAGCAGCAGCUGCUGGAACUACAGGCAACAACAGAUCUUCGGCGUCUUCGUCAAAAAUAACCUCGCCGGACGACGCUUCCAAUCCAGCUGGCAUCAUGAUGCGAAACAGCAACAAUGUGAACUACAACCCCGCUACGACCAGCAGCGAAGAAGAUCCCGCCGGGGGCGCGUAUGCGGGAGAACUUUACGAAAGUGCCACAGUUGAUGUAUUUGUAUUGCAUAUACGCGAUCGAUGAUACUCAUGACUGUCUAGAGCGAUGCCAUGCAUGCAGUGUAUGCAAUACAAGUUCCAUAAAUUAUUUCGUCCUCUUCAUACCCGCGCGGAGCUGCGGCGACGGCUGGAAAUAAAGGACCAGGAGGUGCAGAAACUAAAAAAGGAGAAUAAGCAGGUACUAUCUUUCUAGAGAUAAAACAGGUUGAUGUACUAGUUUGUGACUGUUGCGAAUGUCAACAUGAGAAACGGCCUUCGCUAUGCAGCUUUCGCAUGAGAUAGAAAUCUUUCAGUGUCCUCGUGACAUAAUGUUGAGUUUCGAAAAAAAAACCAGCGUGCCGCCGAUGUGUAUACGCUUUCCGAGAGACAAGUCGCGGAAACCGAGAGUGCCGAGCAGCUGCGGCAGCACUUGAACGCCCUGCAAGCUGAGGUCAAGUCCUUGCGAAAAAUCGAAACUCAGUACGAGCAACAGUUGUACAACGUCGUCCAAGAGAACAAGGAGUACGCACUGUCGGCAAAAAACCACGAGCGGCAAAUUGAAGAGAUGGCUGCGGGCAAGGAGACCGUGACGCGGGAGCGCGACGCGUUAGUCGCCCAAGUGAACCACAUGAAGACCCGGGAGAGGUCGCAGCAACAAAAGAGUAGUAGUAGUAGUACUGGCAGCAACUACAAUCGGGCUUCGCCAGAGCACCAGCACAUGGAUCACCGUGGAGGUUCCCCCCCUUUGGGACCCUCACGAGCAAGUGGUGACGAAACCACGGUCAGGCGAGGCCGGGAGACCGUGCAGGAUGACGAAGAUGAGGAGCUGCGGACCUCGUCCUCCUCGAGCGCCAGUAGCUCGGAGGUCGAAAGUCAGGACCGCACGGAUGAAGAGAACCUGAAUAGCCAUAUUGUUUGUAAAAACGUCCCCACCCCAGAGUUGUCAUGCAAUUUUGCAUGCCAAAAAAGUUUCUCAUGCGGAGCCCUAUGAGCAGCAUGCUCUAUUCGUGUUUUGAAAGUUGUGAUGCUAGAAUCAGCAUGGCAAGGCUAGAUCUGUGAUGCUGCUGAGCCGCUAAACAGGACUACACUACGAGGACAAAGUUGUCAUGCGAAACCACCAAAGCUGGCUGAUUUGUCUAGCAGAUUUCCCAUCUUGACUCUGGUGUGGGGACGUUUUUAAUCAGGAUAAGCCAGACCACGGAGUCGCAACAAUCGUCGGAACAGGAGGGCCGGAAGUCCGGCUCCUCUGCGACGUCGAUUCUGGGUGGCUUGUUCAGUUUUGGCGGUUCGUCGUCCUCCACUUCCACGUCGCGAAACCGGGCCGGCAGCGGAGCAAGUACCGGCCUGUUCGGCGGGACCAGUUCCCUGUCACCCGAGAAAAGGAAUCACAAAACGAGCCGGUUCAGCCCGAAGAGCCGGCUGUCUACGGUAGAUGAAAAUGCGAAGCUGGUGUCCGACCUGCAGGCAGAAGUCCACCGAAAGACGGAGGAGGUGACAAAGCAGAAAAGGACGGUACUCUGAAGAAAACGGAUUCAUCGUCCUGUCUAUGAAUGUUGACGUUGAUGACCAUGACCACAAUAAGGAUAAGCUCAUCCGAUCAACUUGCCGCCUCGAAUGGUAUGCACAAAUUGACUCGUCCUGUGUCUAAAAAUAAAGGCCACAAGAGAACAACCGACGAACUAGGGAGAAGCGUACUUACAAUUUUUAUAAACUCCACUUGAGUUGUACUAAAAUCUUCACCCAAGGUAAGCAACCUGACCCUCGAGCUGGAGAACGCGCACGGGCAGAUAUCGGUGAUCCAAGUGCAAUAUGCAUUGCAAAACUAUCGUACUCGUAUAAAUGCAUCACAAAUUAUUUCCUCAGCAUGAGAAAGAAAAUUUGUAAUGCGGACUUGGCUUAAAAACGCGAUUUGGCAUGCAUGACUGCGUCAAUACGAGUGCGAUACUUUUGCACAGGAUAUGCAGAAUGAGGAGAUCGACGAGAUUCGAAAGCAAAAUGAGAAGCUGCUUUCCGAAGUGAAGCUCGCCCGGUCGAAAAUGAACGCCUCCCAAAUGUCGGUCUUGCCCCUGGAAGAGGAAAACGAGGAACUGCGUAUCCUGAGUAAAAACGUACCCACACCAGAGUCAGGAUGGGGAUUUUGCAACACAAACCUAGGAGUUUUGUGAGUCACGCAUGACAAGUUGCGCUAUGCAGUGUAGUGCAGGUUAGCACGUGCAGCCGCGUCACAGAUUCAUCUGCUCAUCCUGUUCACAGGAACACAAAUUCCAAAACACAAUUGGAAAUGGCUCUCAUGGGGAUGCGCAUUACAAGUCUUCCUGUCUUUGCAAAUCUGCAUUACAACUCUGGUGUGGGUACGUUUUUACUCAGGAUACUGCGGCGGCGGUGCGCCAAGGCCGAGGCGAAGUGGGAGGAAAUGGAAAAGGAGAAAAAAACGCUUAAGCAGGAGCUGCAGCAGUCCCAGUUUGCGCGGAACGAGGCGUUGGCGCAGCUGAAAACCAUGGAGAAGUCGUAUUACAGUGAAAAGUGCCCCCCACCCCUCAAAUUGCAAAAAUUUGUGAUGCGAAGUUUCCAAAUGAAAACUUUUUGUCAUGCAUGGGAGGAGUAUGAAUCUUUCUGAUGCAGAGUCUAGGCGUGUAUCGCAUCGCUUGCAUGACAAGCGCCGCUCUUGCUGGGGUCUUUUGCAAUACAAAUUUUCGCUAUUCACGAUUGGAAACCUGUGAUGCUGCUAGGUGCAAGAGGGCGAAUGUUUCAUUUGGAAAGGUUUGCAAUACAAAUGCUUUCAAGUUCGGGGGUGGGGGCAUUUUUCAUUGUAAUAAGUCGCUGGAGAGUCUGCACGGGGAGGUGGAAUAUUGGAAAACAAAGGCGAGCGAGGUAUCAAAAGGAAAAAUCCCCCCUCCCCAUAUCAAAACGAAAUUUCUGAUGCUGCAUUUGGAUACACAAAUCAGAUUUGUGUUGCAAAAAGGCAUGGCGGCCAGAUCCCCAGGCUAGCUGGGGGCGUAUGGGUCUAGUUGCUCAGCAUGGCAAACGGCCUCCCUUUAGGCCCAACGGCAUGACAAAUCGCCUCCAUAAUAUGGCGGAAGCUUCUGCCCUUGUCUUCUUGCAAGACAGAUGUGAUUUGUGACCUCAAAUCAGCAACACAAAUUUCCGGAGACAUACCUUUUCAAUAUGGGGAGGGGGGAUUUUUUCUCUCAAUACGAGGAGGUGGGAGCAGCGGGGAAAAAAAGAAGCAAGGCGAGCAGUACAGAAAAACAGAGCUGUUUGGUUUUUUUUCAGUGAUUGAUUUUCCGGCUUCCAUGUGUUUAUUGUUCUUCCUGAGUGGAGGUCAUUGGGCAUCCAUUAGCUAUGGCACCAUGAGCAUGGGCUGCCGUGGGUUUUAUCGCGGUAUUGGAAGGAACCAAAAACCCAUCUUUUUCCAGACAUCUCCACUUCGUCGGAGCACCUCGCGGGUGACGAUCAAGCACAAAGCUUGAACUCACCGCAAGCGUCGACCAUAGCCAGGAUACAGCAUGAAAGAGAGCAGCUGACUAUGGAACGGGGAAAAUUUGGAAUUGUGUCUGGGCAGCUGUCGGCGUUCGCGAUCUCUUGACAAUUGAAGUAGAAAAGGUUGUCGGGGAGGAAUGCAUGUAAAAAAAUUAUGUGUGUGUCGUUGAGCACGACAAGCGUCUUUUGUCAUGCAUACGGAGAAGUAGUAGUAGUUCCACUUCCAGCUGCCAGUCUACAGCUCAUUUUCCCUAUUCCAUAACACUGACAAAGUUGGACCAGCUCAACAAGUAUCAAAUGCAAAAAUGUCUGGGUCUGGAAGAUUGCAGACUUGUCAUGCAUAUUUCCCAUGCCCCGUGAGGCUGGCAUGCAAGACCUAGCAUGACAGAUUCUGCAAAAUCUCUAUCAUGCCUAUCCUGCAUGAGAAACUCCCGCUCAUGUUAGUUUGUAAGACGUGCAAAGUUUGUAAGAAUAACCCAACAAGGCAACACUGGAGCUCCACCUUGCUCGCGGGCUUGGAUGGUAAAUCAGGUCAGCCACAUCUAGCGCCCACUGGCCGUACUCACGCGUAAGCAAUCGCAAGCGGUUCGGCGGAUGCGGUCGGGUGGUACCUGUAGGACGUGGAACGGGUGUCCACCUAGGGGUAUUGGCAGAGGCUAAAUCUGUUCUAACGCCACGGUAUUGGCAGAGGCUAAAUCUGUUCUAGCGCCACGGUAUUGGCAGAGGCUAAGUCUGUUCUAACGCCACCCUGACAGGAGUCAAAUGUCAAAGCGAUACGAUACGACGUUAGUCAAAAAAGGACAACUUCUGGUGAUCACGCAACACAGAGUUUUGUGUGACCCACAGGACGCAUCACAAGUUCCAUCCUCCCAGACAUCCAGGGAUAUUUGCAAUGCAUAACAAGCAGCAAGAGGACGCCCAGAACGCUAUCCUGAGUAAAAACGUACCCACACCAGAGUCAAGAUGGAAAAUCUGCUAGACAACUCGGCCAACUUUGCUUGUUUCGCAUGACAAAUCUGGACGCGUAGUGUAGUGCUGUUUGAGCUAGUUCAGCAGCAUUACAGAUCUAGUCUCUCAUGCUGAUUGGAGCAUGACAAAUUUCAAAACACCAUUAGAAAAUGCUUCUCAUGGGGCUCCGCAUGGCAAACAUUUUAAGCAUGCAGAUUUGCAUGACAACUAUGGUGUGGGGACGUUUUUACACAGGAUAAACGCGCUCGACAAAGAUCGGCUCAUCGGGGAUUCUAUGUGGUACUCGAGAUCGACAAAUUUCUUGUGUUGCUCAUUUCUGUGUUUUUAAAAUAAAACUACAAGAAUCCUUUGCAAUUUUAGCAUCACACACUCACACAUCACACACAACCCUCUCUCUCUCGAAUCGAUGAGCAAUAAAACCAAAUUAUCAGGCUCCGCGACCUUCCCGUUGCCUCCUCCGCCCGCGACACGCAGCAGGGGUCCAGUUCAAAACCGAAAUUCAAGCACGAGUUCAAAGUUGCGAACUUAUUGGAGGGGGAGGAAUUGCAAGAGGAGCACGACAAAGACGAAUUGCGUGCGGCAAAUGGAGCCGGUCAUAAUGUUGGCAGUUCCGCCAGUAGCUCCUCUUCCUCGCUGAAUAAACUGAGUGGAAUUUCGCCCACAAGGAAUUAUGCAGGAGGUGCAACUACUGCGAACGGCACGACCAGUGGAACAGCUGGCCACACCAGCUCAAGUCGAAGUCCGAAUGGAGGUGGUGGUGCUAGUAGUAGUAGUGCGAGCAAGCGUAGUGGCAGUACUACCACAGCGGAUCAUAUGGAUGUGUCAGGAUCGAAAUCGACAAAAUCGAAAAACUUGUGAUGCGUAAAAUGUAGGGCACUGAAAGUCUGUAUUGGGGAGCAGGCAAAUGAGGCCGAUUGUAAGCCUGUUUUGGGCUACGCAAUGUGCUGCCAGAGUACCAUGACAGGAGCAGUCUUCUUUGCCCAAACAGCAUGACAGACUGGAUUUGGGUGCUCGCGAAAUUUGUCAUGCGCCACUUGGAAACUGAGUCUCCAACUGGCAUCGGUUUUGUGCAUCACAAAUUUCUCGAUUUUGUCAAUUUCGAUUCUGACACAUCCAUAGAUCAUCCGACCACGACGGAGCCCGAAACGGAAGAGAUCAAGCAACUGAAAAAGCAGGCUUUUCGGGCCGUCGGCCAAGACGAUGAGCAGACGCUGAAACAGAUCUUGAAGCAGGUCGGCGACUGCAAAAUCUGGCUGGCCUGGGUGAACGGGGGUGGGGACACAUUACUGAAGAUGGCGGACGUAUCGCAAGAAAAAACUGUUUCACUGUAAAGUUGUGAUGCAGAAAAUGGAUCGCAGAAGUGUGUGUCAUGCUACACAUGCAGGACCAUGAGUUUCUAGCUGCGUUUUCCCUUAGGAACCCCGCAUGGCAAAUUUCCGCUGUCGUGUAAAACAAACUUGUGAUGCAAAACUUGCAAAAUCCUUACAGUGAAACACUUUUUCCGUACGAUAGGACGUGCGGAAACGGGACAAAACGCUCCACCUGCUGCGGAAAUCCAUGGGCGUCGCGGAGCUGGUUUCCAUAUGCAUUGCAAAAAUGUCUGGGUCUGGGAAUUUGUGACGCUAGUUUGCGAAUCAUAAGCAGCCUAUGAUAUGGGGACGCGCAUGACAAGUUUCUGAGCGACUUGGUCUUGCGUCGACUGCAUGACAACCUGCGUUUUUGCAUCACAAAAAGAUAGCUUGGUAGCGCAAGACGCAUGACAGAUCUUUCUCUCCUAUCAGCAGAGCAUUACAAAUCUCACAAUCUCCCAGACCCAGACAUAUUUGCACUUGAUAUUCCAACGAGCGACAGCUGCAGGAGAAGGACAACGUGUGGGUGUUUAUCCUGUGAAAAAACGUCCCCACCCCAUACCCAUAGUCAAGUGGGGAAAUCUGCUAGACAAAUCCACAGGGCUUGGUUGUUGCGCAUGACAGGUUUGGUCUCGUAGUGUGGUACUGUUCACCAGCUAGCUCACCAGCGUCACAAAUCCAGAGCAGCAUGCUGAUGGGAGCAUGACAAAUUCCGGAGUGCUGGGGCUCCGAAUGAGAAGCAUCUUCAGCAUGCAGAAUUGCACCACAACUAUGGGGCGGGGACGUUUUUACAAAUGAUAGUGCUCCGGGAGUUGGGUGACCCACAGCCCGAACAGGCCACCGUCAAUAUGAAAAGGAAAAAUCCCCCCUCCCCAUAUUGAAGAGGUAGGUUUUCGAACAUUUGUGUUGCUGAUUUGAGGUCACAAAUCGCGUUUGUGUUGCAAGAAGACAAGGGCAGCAGCUUCCGUCCCGUUAUGGAGGCGGUUUGUCAUGCUGUUGAGCCAACAUCACGGACGCUUUUCAUGCUAAGCGCCUAAGUCAAAUCCUCUCUACUCAAGCUUGAUAUGGGUCUGCAGUCCUCUCCAGCAAGACCAACGUGAUUUGUGUAGUCAAAUACAGCAACACAAAUUUCGCUUUCGAUAUGGGGGUGGAUUUUUCCUCACAAUAGUCAAGGGCGUGAUGCCGAGUGAGACGGGGGACCCGAAGGAUUCGCUCAUUUGGGUGCAGUACUGGAGCAACAAGACGAAAGACGAGUACAUACCCGCCGUGCGGUGCAGACUGAUGCUCAAUAACAGCUGGGAACUGGAUCAGCUGUGAGAGAACAAGAAUAAGUAGUAGAAGAACUUGAUGACGAUAUAAAACUUUUCUUUUGCGUGCGCUUAAUAAAUUCAGCAGAAAAUUGACAUCGCCGACCUACUUCGGCUCCUGUAGUUUAUGUCGACGACAAAAAAUCUUCAAAAUUGACAAUAGAAAGUUGUAAGCAGAGAAACUAAAUUUAAGGCGGAUGCGGAAGUUUUCAAGCCGUAGACAACCGCAUUAGUUUUUACUUACCCGACUACGGGUAGUACUAGGCUAUCUUCGAAGUUGGAACAUAAAUUUCAUGUAAACCAAGAAGAAUAAUUGGACAAAAAUUUGAAUUGGUGAGAAAGAAAAUGUCACUCCAAUGUGUGCUUUUUCAUGCUCGACGUGAGAACACAACUACUUACGACAACUAGAGCCGAGAAAUUGGACCCCCACCUCUCGAGGAUCUGUAUCUUUUUGUUGUUCGCCUUCAAAAAAUGCGGGAUAGCUUGUGGAACAAAACGAUCAUGAAUAU